AUGCUCGCUUCUAUUUCUGCCUCGAGCAACGUUCUCCAACAAUACAGGAAGCAUCCGUAUUCAGGUCCGAGAGAGCUUACCCUAGCCAUGGUUCACUCUAUUGAUGAGGUUGACAAACCUGCAAAAAGGGGUAAGAAAGCGGAAACCCAAAAAGAGGCACGGUUUUCCAAACCAACCAAGGAGAAAACCCCUCUGAAGCGAAAGUAUGAUCAAGCUGUUACCUCUCCUCCCAAACCGAAGAAGUUGAAGAAGCCUGCUAGGAGGCUAAUACUACAAUCUUCCAGUGACUCAGAUUCUGAGUAUGUUCCUCCCUAA